CGAAGACGGUAUGCUAUGGCUACAGCUUUUGUCAAAUUAACGUCAAAAGUGCAUAUUAGCUAACCCUUAACUAUAUUCCUAACCUGCUAUGUUAAUUCUCAUAACCUACGAAAAGUGAACUAUGACAAAAGCUGUAUCCAUCUAGUCAAAACCGAGUGGAAAUUUCACCGGAUGCUUCAGAUUUAUACAUCCGGUGAAACAUCUGGCUACUUGUUCUAUCUGUGGCCAUGUUGCACCAACGGGCUUACGGUGAAGUUAUCUCAAAAAUAUGGUUUAUACGGUUUCAAACAACACUGAGGUCGAGUUCGCAACAGGUUUGCGUCCGGCUUCUCCCCAGCCCUCGCUGUUUCUUCGACGAACCGGUGCACGUGAAGGUAGAUGGACUUUCUCCCCAUCAGAAAGUAGAGUUGAGGUCCAAACUCAAGGACGAUAAAGGGGUCAUCUUCAGAGCUUCCGCUCUGGUCGCUGCAGAUGCUAGCGGACAGGUGGACCUGUGUCGCUCUCCUUCUCUGGGCGGCAGCUACACGGGAGUUGAAUCCAUGGGCUUGUUUUGGGCCAUGGUGGCCGAGACUCCACACAGCAAACUGUUAAAAAAAAAUGUUUUGGGUUCAAUGAUGGUUGACAUAGAAGUGCUGCAUGGGGGCACAGGUGAGCUCUUGGCCACAGAGACUAACGAGAGGCGGUUCAUGACGGAAGGGGUAAGGAGAAUACCGUUGGGCAUGAAUGAAGGGAGAAUACGGGGAGUCCUCUUUCUACCACCCGGGCAGGGUCCAUUCCCCGGUGUACUGGAUGUGUAUACUCUGGGUGGAGGUAUAUCAGAGGUCCGGGCCAGUCUGCUGGCUAACAAAGGCUUUGUGGUUCUGGCUCUGGCCUACUAUGGCUUCCAGGACCUGCCCAGAACCGUGCCCAAAUACUUUGACCUGGAGUACUUUGAAGAGGCUAUCACUUUCCUGAGGCAACAGCCACAGGUACAGGGUCCAGGAAUAGGAAUCCUGUCCAUCUCGAAGAGUGGGGAUCUUGCUCUGUCCAUGGCCUCUUUUCUCUCUGGCAUCUCAGCCACAGCCUGGAUCAACGGCAGCAACGCUAAUACGCUGGUGCCACUGCACUACAAAGACCUCAUCAUCCCUUCCAUCACGCCUAUUAUUGAGAACGUCACCUUCUCCCCGUCCGGCAUCCUUGACAUCCGAGACGCCUUACCGGACCCAGAGACUGAGGUGAACCGCGGUUCCGUGAUCCCAAUAGAGGGUUCCAGUUCUAGGUUCCUCUUCGCCGCCUCUGAGGACGACAGGAACUGGAACAGCUGUCUCUUCGCCCAACAGGCCGCCGCCCGGCUGAGGCAUCAUGGGAAAGAGAACUUUGAGGUGGUGAUGUACCCCAGGGCGGGGCAUUUUCUGGAAGUACCCUACAUGCCCCACUGCCCGUCUGGCUUCCAUCCCGCGGUUGGUCAAGUGGUGGUGUUUGGGGGAGAGGCUAAAGCCCACCAUCAGGCUCAGCUGGACCUGUGGAGGAGGGUACAGGAGUUCUUCAGGAAACACCUGGAAGGGAACAACACUGGUGAAAAAGCUACAUUAUAUACUAGAGGGUAAGACGAGGGUUUCCGUUAGGAACAUUUGGCCCCGGACAACAUAACCGGAAAGAUUUUAAUUUACCAGAUAUUUUAGAAAUGUACUGGACCAUUCGUAUGCAUUCAGAUUCGACUACAAAGAGACGGGGAAAGAAACUGCCCACCUGGCGAGGCAGUGCCAUCAAUAAACGAGGGAUAGCCUAUUGGCCAAAUGAGCCACAUUUGAAUUGUCCUGAACAGCCUAUAACAAAAUACAAAAACACUUCAGUGUUUUAGAUGUGUAGCAUAAGCAAACAGGCCUAUUGUUUUAUUGGGUUUUACUUUACUCCUAAAACAAUUGUCCACCUCACGGUUCAGCUGUCGGAGAUUUGAGCACUAAAUGCAUCAGGGCAUUGCGUGCAUAUGCCUAUAGGCUUAGACGUCCACCGUAUGAUAUGAAUAUUUAAAACAAAAAUACAUGUAAAAUAAGAAACUUAUUCCUUGCCCCAGAGACUGAGAGAGAAGCUAUGCCAGUGGCAUACAACACACAGAUCGGACUUAAAAUUAAAAUGUCUCAACAGAAUAAUACAAAACACAUUUGACAUAUUUCAAGAACUGGUUUAGAUGAAUAAAUAGGCCUACACUAAUAGCCAUAUACAAUAAUAGGGUAAUGAUAAAACAAAUUAUUAUAAAUAAGAAAAUAAAUACAAAUGCACAGGAGCCUGCAUUUGGACGUGACAACGUUCUUCUAAUCUUUGUCUACUACAAUAUUAAAACUUGGUCACACAGAGGACAUUCCUCUUGUAAGCUUUUCAUUGUAGACAUACUUUUCCCCCCUCUAACUUUAAUUUGACUUAAUAACCGACGAAGGAUAGAAAAAAAUAUGCGAGGCACAAACAUUCGCUUUGCUUAGCAGAGUUCUGCUUGGAACAAACCAAACCUAGUAUGUGGGUGUCUUAAAGGUUAGGUAAGGGUAGGAACGUCCCAAGAACCCCGGAUGGCACUAACCCCAAGCAAUAAUGCGAGAGGAGGACCCCACAUAAGAUAAGUAUUGUUGUAGGUGUAGGGUUGCACAUUUUGGGGAAUAUUCAGAGGUGGAAACUUUCCGUAGGAAUUAACGGAAUAUAUGGGAAUAACGGAAAUGUAUGCAAAUUGAUAUUAAUACCAUUUUAAAUGUAGAUGUUUUUUGCAUUGGAUUAUAUUUACCAUAUCAUAUGGAGACAGAAACAGAAACCUUUUACCUUAUCAUAAAUAGACAUAAUUGCAAAUGAUUAAAUCCUUCCAAUAGAAAUUACAAAACCAAUUUAGUUACAAAUUGAACUUUAAUUAAAUGAGUUGACUCUUCACAUGGAAUGAUUUCACUGAACAACAAAAGAAAAAGAAUAUUGAAUGAUUCCCAAUGAUCCAUAGCAUCUCACAAAAAAUGUUUUCAACAUACAUCUGUAAAAUGAUAGUCUACAAACUAAAGCUUAGGUUGUCUUCCUCUCAUGCUUCCAUGUCUUCUCCCUGGACCUCCUCAAUGUCCACCACUUGAACAUCAGACUCUGAGGGCUCAUCUUCAGUCACUUUCCAACCAUCUUGAGGAUGGCUCGUUGUCAGGCUCAAAUUUGCCCAGAUGGCCACCAAUUUUCCAAUCCUUGCAUUGGGCAGCCUGUUGCGUGCUUUGGUGUGUGUGUUCCCAAACAAGGACCAGUUGCGCUCUGAGACGGCUGAUGUUGGUGGGAUUUGGAGGAUGAUGGAGGCAACAGGGGAAAGAGCCUCAGUUCCACAAAGUCCCUUCCACCAGGUGGCUGAUGAGAUAUGUUGGCACGACUGCCAUAUUGCAUCUCCAUCCCAAAUCCCUUGCUUGGAUGUGCUUCGCCAGACUUCCAAGAACCUUGCCCUCAUCCAGGCCAAGGUGGCGAGAUACGUUAGUGAUGGCACCAUAGGCCUUGUUGAUCUCUGCACCAGACAGGAUGCUCUUGCCAGCAUACUUGGGCUCCAACAUGUACGCUGCGGCAUGUGUGGGCUUCAGGCAUAACUGCAGUUUCCUCUGCUUGGAGCAACAGUGAAGUGGGCAGGGCAGUAUGGAUUUGUUCUCUUACAUCUGCAAGUAGUCUGAACAUCAGAACAUCAAUCUGUGCAAUGGCUACUGCUAUAGGUUUCAGGAGUUUUAGGCUGAUUAACAGUCUCUCCCAAAAUACAUCAUCCAGGAGGAUCCUCUUGAUGGGGUUGUCCAUAUCGGCAGACUGCGGUAUGGCCAUUUCUUGGAGAGACUGCUUCCCCUCCAGGAGACUGUCAAACAUGAUGACAACACCACCCCAACGGGUGUUGCAUUGCAGCUUCAAUGUUGUGCUCUUAUUCUUCUGCUGCUCUAACUUGAUGACCUUUCACAUACCUAACAAUUUCCUUGGCACUCUUGUAGAGUUUAUCUGUUGUUUUCAGUGCCAUGAUGUCCCUGAGGAGCAGAUUCAAUGCAUGAGCAGCACAGACAAUGGGUGUGAUGUGAGGGUAGGACUCCUCCACUUUAGAGCAAGCGGCCUUCAUGUUCCCAGCAUUGUCUGUCACCAGUGGAAAUACCUCCUGUGGUCCAAGGUCAUUGACUGCCUUCAGCUCAUCUGCAAUCUAGAGACUGGUGUGUCUGUUGUCCCGUGUAUCUGUGCUCUUGUAGAAUACUGGUUGAGGGGUGGAGAUGAUGUAGUUAAUUAUUCCUUGCCCACGAACAUUCAACCACCCAUCCGAGAUGAUUGCAAUAGUCUGCUUUCUCUAUGAUUUGCUUGACCUUCAUUUGAACUCUGUUGAACUCUGCAUCCAGCAAAUUAGUAGAUAAAGCAUGUCUGGUUGGAGGGGUGUAUGCUGGGUGAAGAACAUUCAGAAAUCUCUUCCAAUACACAUUGCCUGUGAGCAUCAGAGGUGAACCAGUUGCAUACACAGCUCGAGCAAGACAUUCAUCAGCAUUUCUAUGACUACGUUCCUCCAUUGAGUCAAACUUCUGAUUCCAGGAGGACCAUGAGCUGUUGCUAUCGAUAAGGAAUCUGAUUCAUAAGUUUCACGAAUAGAAGUAGAGGUACUUUUGUCAGAGGUUGUGAGUGCUGAGGGAACUUUAUGCACUUGGCCAGAAUAUUCUGCAUAUUUGUUGCAUUCUUCACAUAUGAUUUGGCACAGUAUUUGCAAAUGUACAGAAGGCUGUUUAGAAGUGUGCAAGAUCUUGAGAAUCAGUUGUACAUGUGGUGGAAGAAUGCACUGUGCAUGCAGAGGGUUGCAAUUCCAUUGAAUUAGGGAUAGUUUAACCAAAAUAUGCCACAAGACCUAGAAUUGCCUUAUGUGUAUCCCACAAAAAAGUUCACUGUUAUAAGCUAACUUUGUUUGAUGAAUGUAAGAAAAAUGCCCCAAAUUCCCGGGCUUAAAUUCCCAUGGAAAAUUCCCAACCCUUUGCAACCCUAGGUAUGUGUCAUCUUUAAUUCACAAACACUAACAGAUACUGAGGAGAGAGUUUCUGUUAUUUGUGUGAAAUAUUUAUAUUCUGGGAUAGUUCACUGAAAUGCUAUCAUUAGUUGCUUAUGCUAUUACAAUAUAAAUAAAUGUCUUCUGCUCUCCGUUAUAAUGUUAGGUCAAAUUCACAGGGUAAAGUAGAGGAUUAGCCAAUCAGUGGCUAAAGACCACCCACUUGCCUUGAUUUACAUAUCCCUUUUAUUUUGAACAAGACCAUGAAAUUAUGAAAUGGAUCAUGUGAUACAGCGCCAUUAAUGAAGUGAUAAACGUUAUAAUGAAAAAAUAAAUUGGGAAAUACAAUGUGUCAUUAUGAAAUCAAAUAUGGUAACAUUUAUAGAAAAGUGACACUGAAAUAAGAUUUCAUAAUCCAUCCAAUAGUUUCCAAAAGCACAUGCUCAUUAUUUUUCAACCAGGAUUAUAGUAUGCAGCGAGUCUUUGACAAUGACUAUUAUUCAUUAUUCAAACUUUUUAAUUAAAACAUUUGUGUCGUAUAAGCAGAUGUAUCGUGCACACCAGAAUUUAUUGGCUGGUAAAUAAUUUGGGGGGGGAUUUUGACCUAAGCCCUUGACUUUAUCCUAAUGAGUACUUCACAGUAUGCAAAUGGUCGCCGCUACCGUCUAUCAAAUAGUAACAUGCAGUUAACCUAUAUUUGUGUGUGAGUAAGCAAUAAUCAACUCUGGGGUUGGCAGCUGUCUCCUUCCAGCUUUGGCCUCCUGUUGCAAUUGUUACUUGAAGUUAGAUUUAGACCACAAAUAACACGACUUUUUUUAAACGCAGGUGCCUUUCUAUUUUAUCUGUCAUUGCAAAAUUACACAGAAUGUGCUCAGGAAGAGAGGGGGGGGGGGGUUUAGAUUGUUUAUCCUAUGUGAUUGUGCCUCAACUUUUCAUGAUAAAACACAUGCUCCCGUACUGUAGAGUGUAGACAUACCUAGUCCUUUGAUGUAAAGAAAUGAUGCUAGCAAAAAGUAUAUUCUAUGUAUACACAGAACAUUCCCCCUCAGUUAAAAAGAAAUGGCAAAGUGGUUCUUUAAAAGUGUUGCAGUUUGAUUUACUGGUACUGUAAGGUCAGCUUUGAUACUUUUAAUAUAGGUUUCUGUUAAACCAGCAUUAUGUACCCAAUGUCAUCAAUACAUUAUGGACUGUAAUUCAUGAAGGACUCUGAUUAUCAACCCCCAAGGGAAAUAAUCUCUGUGGAAUACCUCAAAUAACAAAAAUAGAUGAUGUUAGUGUGCUACUCUAAGGCUUGCUCUGGUAAAGCAGUGAAAAAAUAAAUAAUAAUAAGCUAAACAUGGAGAGAAACUUUUCCAAUGUGGUUUUCUGUGAAGAAGUAAACAUCAUCCUAGAUGAAGUGGGUGACAGAGACCAUCUGGUUGCCUGAGUCAUAGCUAUGCCGUCUGCUUUAGGAACAAACAAUCCCUUCGCAGAGAAGAGAAUGCACUGUCAUUGUCACUGCGUUACGCUACUAUGACAUCUGGCGCUAAAAUAUGACCAGUGGCAAGGAGAUGGCGCUCACACACAACUCACUCACUGUGCGAUCAAUCAUCCAUUGUGUUUCAAAACUCAUGGUAAUAACUGUAAAUAAAUACUAUGGUAGUCAUUAACCCAAUCAGAGUUGAAUUCUCCCUCUACUUUUGUCUGUGGCACAAAUGAGCCUGACCUCAGUAAAUGCUCUUCUAUAUCCUACUGUGGUGGUGGGUGUACCUUUCUGUUUGUGUCACUAGUGAUGAUCUGCUAUUCCUCACGGUGGUAGCAGACACUUCUAACCAGAGUAUAUCUGCUGUUUCUAUUUGUUUCACUGUUUCACUUAGUAUAUGAUUAUAUUUGUUAAACAAUUAGUCCUUUCUUCAUAUCAAUAGCAUUGUAACCAGAUUUUGUUAUGAAUAAACAUGAGCCAAGGCGUGCAA